GUUUCGAUGUAUAGAUAUUUCGCAGCUACUUGUAACCAAGUUGGAAUUGCAUCGACCAAUGGGAUCAGCGUGGGCGCGGCGCUAGUACAGUGGGGAGAAAGCGUCAACCAAUAGGAGGGAUAACCAUUGAAUGCAGUGAUGGAUCGUGUGCAAUCCAGUGAUAUAAAAUUGAUAGAAUCGGUGUAGUGCAUCGAUUAAAGAUGAAUUCGAUCAUGACAAUGCCAAUGGAAUUGCAAUUGCAAUUACAUCCACAAACAUUCUUCCGUCAACAACAGAUCCCUCUUCGAAGACACAGAUCAGAUAAUAUACCGAAUCCGAACGCAUGGUCAAUACCGAGUCUAGGUAGAGGACCUCCCUUACCUUCGGAAGUGAAGGUUGAAUUGCAAAAUCGGGAAUUGUGGUAUCAAUUUCACACGGAAACCACGGAAAUGGUGAUUACGAAAGGAGGCCGACGUAUGUUCCCAUCAAUCGAACUUACCAUCACAGGAUUAGAACGUCGUGCUCGUUAUUGGGUCCUCCUCGAAGUGGAGCCGGCAUCCGAUCGUCGACACAAGUACGUCGGCGGCGGCAGUAGUGGUAUUGGCAGUUUGGAGAAAGGUUAUGGGAAUGCAAGAUGGACGUCGAUUGGUCCAGCAGAACUGCAGCCUGGAAUCGAUCGAAGAAUUUACUUGCAUCCGGAUAGUCCCGAGACUGGCGCUCAUUGGAUGCAACAACAACCGCUCAAAUUCGAUAAAUUAAAAUUGACUAACAACGCUGUCGAUCCUAGGAAUAACGUUGUUUUGACUUCUAUGCAUAAAUAUAUUCCGCGAAUUUGGAUCAUUCGUUGCGACGACGCGACCAGAAUCAGCGAUCUUUACAGUCAACCAGCCUCGUCCUUUAUGUUCCGUGAAACCGAGUUCAUUGCCGUAACCGCUUAUCAGAACGAAAACAUUACCAAGUUGAAAAUCAACAACAAUAAAUUCGCGAAGGGAUUCCGGGACAAUGGUCAAUCUAGGUGCAAGAGAAAAUUUCAGGCGGAAGCGGAGAGAUUGAGUCGCAUCAACGACGAGGAUGAGACCGUGUUUCCGGAAUCUGAAUCGACGAACAGAGCGAAUCAUUUGGAUGUGGCCAAUCAAAGACCAAGAACAGCCUCCAGCGAAACAGGAAGUUUGGACGACAGUGGGAUUAGUAGUUGUGGAGGAGUCAGUCCACCCCUUCUCUUAUCCGGAAACAGAAAUUCACCGACGUCGAAGGAUGUCGAUCGAGAGGCGCAACCGAGAUUGCACAGGCCAUGGAUCGAUUCUUCUCCACAAUUUUCGUCGCCCACGAUUUCGUCCACCUCGUCGUUCAACUUGUCGCCCAGAUUCUACGAUUUCAAUUUUCCCAUGUAUUAUUUUAGCCUGUUUUAUCCCUCCUUGGUGAUGAAUCCAGACUCGCGAAGUUACCGUACCAAUGGAUGAAACAAUUUACGAAAUUUCAUCGAUAAAAUAGAUGAAAUAUAUGGUUCGAUACAGAUUUGUUCGAUGCCUGAAAUAACUUAUUUAUAUAUAAGAUGAAAAAAAAUACGCUAAAAGGAUUUUUCCAUUGCGUGUAUCGAAUCUUGUAUCGAGGAACCAAAGAUUUUUUGAAAUUAGAAACCAUGGAGAGUAUGAAGUUUAUAUAACAAGACGUGUUGUUUGAUUUAGUUACACCAUCAAUCAUGUUGAAGCGAAUAAAAUAGGACUGAAAUUUCGAAAGAAUAUAUAUAUAAAUAUUGUACAGAUUAUAAGAAGAAAAAAUGAAAAGAAUGUCUUUCUUCUUACAAGUGAUAAGAUAUAUUUAAAAUUUCACUUAUAUUCCUAGUAAAUCAUUAAUAUAGAACCAAAGAUUUAAACAAAUUCUUGACUACAUUAAAAGUUCUUUAUAAUAGAUGCAUCGAAUUUUUGUAAUGAAAUAAUGAAAUCUUCAUGAAGUAUUAAGUGAUUUAAUUAAACGGUAAUAUAAUUGAAAGAAUGAAGAAUAUAUUUUUUGAAUGGAAACAAGUGCUUGAAAUAAGCGAAUAUACGAGCGACUAAUAAAAAUUAAUGUAAAUAAGUACAAUCUAGUGCCUUAUGAAAAGAAUAAAUGAAUAAUUAUUAUAAAUAUAAUUAUCAUUAUUAAGAAUACGUGAUUCUUAAAAUAUGCUACUCCUGAAAAUGUAACGAGCAUACGAAAAAAUGGGAGUCUGACAGUAUUACAAACGCUGUAUUAUUCUUUACUUAUAUAAUUGUCAAUCAAAAAAAAGCAUUUAUUUGUGCAUAUUUUUACUUAUUCACUCUGUACAUUACGCUCGAAUACCAAAAUAUUUUUAUCGAUAAUUCGUUACUUAAGAUAGAUUUAAAUCUAAUUGAUAUAAUUUUUUACUCGUUAUCAUUAUAAUAAAUUACCUUUUAUACGAAAA